AAAUAAAAGAACAUUAAAUUUGUCCUUAUAUUUUUUUAUUUAUAUAUAAUGUAUUUCCGAUUAUAUCAUACACGUGAUACAUCCCCUCUACCAUAUUAUUUUCAUAAGGCCUAACUUACAAGCAAAUUGUCACUCUCCCCGUAAACUAACAUUUUACUCUUUCUCCUCUUUUCUUCAUUCUCUCUCCUUCCCUUUCUCACUCUUCAGUCUUCACUCAUCCACCCACCAUAAUUUCCGUUUCCAAUUUCCAGAUUUCUUGACCACCAUUUUCUACUUUCUCUGGAUCUCCAAGAGAGAGAAAGAGAGUGAAAAUGGAGAGAUUAAGCGAAGCAUUUGAUAAGGUGAAGAGCUAUCAACCUGUUGAAAAAAUGAAGAUGCUUGUUGGUAUGGAGGUUUACGAUGAAGAAUCUGCUGCUGUUAAUUCUGCUGUUGAUGAUAGCUCUUUCAUGGAUGAGUUCAAUCGUAAUUGCACUUUGUCCACCAAACAGAGAAUUCAAGGCUUUGCUAUAUGCUUUGUUGCUGGGUUGACUUGUACAUUUUUGUCCAUGCUUGUGUUCUUCAAUCCGAUCAAGUUUGGUAUCGCUUUUACCCUUGGAAAUUUGCUUGCUAUUGGGAGCACAGCUUUCCUUAUUGGCCCAAAAAGGCAAGUGGCAAUGAUGCUUGAUCCUGUGCGCAUAUAUGCAACUGCCUUAUAUCUUGCAAGCAUGAUUAUUGCACUGUUUUGCGCUCUCUAUGUUCAUAACAAGCUAUUGACACUCUUGGCAAUCACUUUGGAGUUUGGUGCUCUAACUUGGUACAGUUUGAGUUACAUCCCAUUUGCCAGGUCCAUGGUCAGCCGAGUCUUGGUCUCUUGCUUUGACACUGAAUUUUAGCUUGGAAUAUGGUUGCAAACCUGAUAGAAUGGAAAUCCUUUUGUAGAAAAGAGAGAUAUAGAGAACUGUUGUGCUGCUAUCGAUCAUAUAAGGUGCCCUGACAGGCUGACACCCCUCGGAAAAUCAGUUGAGCUACCACAAUCUAUGUCAAUGUAUAUAAAAGGCUUGUAGAAUCUUGUCUUGUAGAAAAAUUAGUGAGUAUAACCUUCACUUAAACUUAAGUUCUUCAUUGUAUUCAUGCUUUGUGUUGUGUAUUUCCGCUGUUAUCAAUUCAAUACCCUUUUUUUUUUGACGAGCAA